GACUGCCCCGCCCCCUUCCUGCCCGACGACGGGGGAGGGGGCUGGAAGGCAGGCCUGCGGUUGUGAGGCUGGCUUGAUGGCCAUGCCUUUCUCGCUGCGCUCCCCUCUGUUCUUGGACGUGGUCGUGGGUGUGGUGGGCACCCUGUCUUUCCUGCUGGACUUGGCCGCCGACCUGUGGACCGUCGUCCAAUACUGGCGCGGUGGCCGUUACCUGUGGGCCGCGCUGGUGGUGGCGCUGAUGGUCGUCGCCUCGGUGCUGCUGCAGCUCUUCAGCUGGGUCUGGAUGACCACCGACCCCACCGAGCUGCACAAGUCAAUACCCUCGCGUCGUUUCCUGACGCUACUACAUGUGAUGCAGCUCGGCUAUCUGUACAGGUGCCUGCACGGGCUGCAGCAGGGACUGUCCUUGUUGCAUCAGGAGCUGCCCUCUGAGAGUGACAUGGCCUAUACAGACUUCCUGUCUCUGGAUAUCAGCAUGCUGCGGCUCUUCGAGAGUUUCUUGGAGGCAACACCACAGCUCACACUGGUGCUGGCUAUCGUGCUGAAGAGUGGCCAAGCUGAAUACUACCAGUGGUUUGCCAUCGGCUCAGCAUUCCUGGGCAUCUCGUGGGCACUCGUGGACUACCACCGGUCCCUGCGUACUUGCCUUCCCUCUAAGUCUCGCCUGGGCUGGAGCUCAUCUGCCGUCUACUUCCUGUGGAACCUGCUGAUGCUGUGUCCCCGAAUCUUUGCGGUCGCCCUGUUCUCAGCUCUCUUCCCCCAAUAUCUGGCCCUGCAUUUUUUCAGUCUUUGGCUGGUGCUGUUGUUCUGGAUCUGGCUUCAAGGCACACAAUUUAUGCCAAACCCCAACUUUGAGUGGCUGUACCGUGUGACGGUGGCACUCAUCCUUUAUUUCUCCUGGUUCAACGUGGCUGGGGGCCGCACCCGAGGCCGGUCCGUCAUCCACUUGGUCUUCAUUAUCACUGACAGUAUUUUGCUGGUCUGCACCUGGGUGGCACAUAGCACCUGUCUGCCCAGCGGGACCUUCUUGCCAACAUUGUUGAUUAUAGGAGGAGCCUGCUUCCUCCUGGGACUGGUUUUGCGGCUGAUCUACUACCUCUGGCUGCACCCUAGCUGCAAAUGGGAGCUUCCUGACCGCGUGGAUGGGGCUCGAAGUCUCCUUCCUAAACCUAAGCUGCUUUAUAACAGGCGCGCCACUCAGUUAGCACAUAACUUCUUUACCAAGAUCAAAGAGGAGAAUACUUCUCUGGCAGAGGUUGGAGACAUGGAAGAAGCCCUUUGAGGUAGGGUCUGACUCAGCCAGUGAGGAAGAUAUGGAGAGCUGCUUUCUCUUUCUUACCCACCAAGGCCUCACGUUGCCAUUCUUACAUCUCAGGUAACUGGUGGAGGUAUCCUGUCUCCUGGGUUUCCUGGCCUGCUCUAGGAGGUCCUGGAGUUCUGGGGAUGUUCUCAAGAAGUCUUCCCUACCCCCACCCCAUCCAUUCACGUCAAUCAACAAAUGUUGAGAGCACUUUAUAUUCCGGGAGCAUCAUUCUGACUGUUGAACUGGCUGCCGCCCUACCUUCUUUCCCUACCCACUUGAACAAAUCUGAUUUCAAAGACCAGAGGCCAGUGACGACCCUGCCAGCCCCUCCAGUGUUGCGAUGCAGCAGUCUCUACUCUGGCUCUUGGGCCACCUUUAAAGCAAGUGCCUCACGGACCUGUGGUCUAGGCCAUGCACGACCCGCUGAGUAUUUUACAUACUACCUCAGUCUGUGAAAGGAAGAGAACAUGUGCGCAUGUAUUUAACAGUAUUAUUAAAACCGUGUAAUAUUUCCCAAACCAGUAUGUACCAUUAAAUACAAUCUGUCAGCCUUUCUAUUAUGGACAGGUGGCAGGGACCUGGAACCCCUUAAAACUGGUACAGACUCCUGGAAUAGAGAUAUGGGCUGACUUAGUUAUGACUUUGUAAUGAAUAUCUAAAUUGUUCCAGUAUAAUAAAAACUUGGGAGGCAGAAAUUGAGAUAAAGACCUGAUAAACCCAAGGACAGUGGAGAGUCAACUGGCUGACCCUCUCUCCACGUUUUCCCCAAAUUGCCUCCCUGGAAAUCCUCUCUUCCUGUCCUCUCUAGCAUAUCUCUUCAGUCCUUCAAGAAUUCUAUGGCAAAUCGCUGACUCCAUCCUUUGAUCUGAGGUGACUUUAGUCACCUCACAGUGGAAGGGUUAUACCAACAAUUCUCCCGCAACAUUCCCCAUUUCAGUUGGUAGAGCAUGGGACUCUUAUUCCCGGGGUUGUGGAUUCGAGCCCCAUGUUGGAUGGCAAAUUGUAGCUAGCCUUUCUCUGUCCCACCAGUUAGUUAGUUCCCAAAUAAUGACAGAGACUUAUUAUGAAAGCUUGGCCUUAGCUUGAGUUUGUCCCACUAGCUGUUGUAACUUAACCCAUUUAUACUAACCUAUGUUUUGCCUUGUGGCCUUUUACCCCUUUUACCUUUCAUUCUAUAUGCCUGAUUCCCUCCAUGCUUUGUUGGCACGUAAGGUACCUAGAUGCAUCUCCUGUUUCCUCUCUCUCUGCCUGGAAGUCCUGCCUAUACCUCUUAUCUAGCUAUUGGCCAUUCAGCUCUUUAUUAAACCAAUCAAGCAAUGUAUCUUCAGUGUACAAAUAUCCCACAAUGUGACUGAAUUUUGCUUUCUAAGAUGCAGUAGCUGGUGAGCCCAAGUGGGCUGCUCAUCUGGCAGGCAGAACUCACACUUGGGCAGACUCUAGUGCUUUCCCCUAGCAGCUCUGCUACCGGGCCUGAAGAGUAGCAUCUCAUCUUUAGGACUAGGAGGUGAGUUUGAGGGGCUGGGUGGAGGUGAAGCCGGGGAGUCCUCCGUGGGUAAGAGGUGAAGAGACACAUCUUAGGAUGUGGAUGACAGUUCUGGGGAGAUGGAGCGUUCUGUUCUGGUUCCAGUUCUACCAGCCACUUAUUGGUGUGGAGGUAAAAUAGUGUGACCAAAACUCACUCUGGGUAGUUCACAACGGCCUGUAACUCUGGCUCCAGGCGAUUCAACAUCCUUCUUUGGCCUUUGCACAUGCAUAUACAGGCACACACUCAAAAAAAUUUUUAGAAAAUUGAAAAAAAGGAAGUACAAGUUAUUACACUAGCCUUGCUUUUAGUCAGUCUAUCCUACCGAGAUGAUGACCUUGAACACAUCUUUCUUCUGCUUCAGCCUCCCAACUACUGGGAUUACAGGUGUACACUACCACACACAAAACUCUUUAUUCCGAAAGAAUUUAAAAUUAUAUCAGCGGCAUUCCAUGUGAUUAGAAAAUGUCCUUGAGCCAGGUGAUGAUGCAUGUCUUUAAUCCCAGCACUCAAGAGGCAGCGGCAGGAGGAUCUUUGUGAGUCUGAGGCCAGAUUGGUCUACAGAGGGAGUUCCUGGUCAUUUGAGACAAGGUUCCACUGUAGAUUAGGCUAGCCCAAACUCUUAACAAUUUUGCCUCUGCUUCUGGGAAGUCUGUAGUCUGGUGAGACAGGGACUAGAACAAAGGAGCCAGAGGUGGAAGAGCAGGUUCCAGUGCGGAGCUCAAGGUAGUUCUGCCAGCCACUUACUGGCGUGGCAGUAGAAUAGUGUGAUCUUGCCUCUGCUUCUGAGGAUUACAGACAAGAACACCAUACCUGACCAGUAACUUUAAAAAAAAAAUAAUUUAUAUUUCACGUGCAUGUAUGUCUGUGUGAGGGUUUCAAAUCCCCUGAAGCUGGAUUUACAGGCAGUUAGGAGCUGCUACAUGGGUGCUGGAAACUGAACCUGGGUCCUCUGGAAGAGCCGAGAGUGCAUGUAACUGCAAAGCCAUCUCUCCAGCCCCUGACCAAGAACUUUUAAAUAAGAAACUUGUUUUAGAAAAAACCAUUUUAAGAUUUACAUGUCCCUAGGCAGCCAGGGCUACACAAAGAAACCAAAAAGAAAAAAGAAAAAGGUUUACAUGUCACAGAGGGUUUGUGGGAGAAGUGUUUUGUUAGGAGGAGAUGGAGAUGUUUGCUCUUGGGAUCUGGGGGGCACUCAACACUUAGACCUGUGUUUUUCACCAAGCAGGGCACAGACAACAGCUAACAGACCACUAACCAGGGUACGAGAUGUCAUCACACUCCUGAGAAAAUUCACCUGUGAUCUGAUGCUUCUGAUCCUCAAAAUGAUAAACAAAUCCUAUUCACUUCACUGUAAUAAAAGUCUUCUCGGCUGUUUUCUAAGACAGUAACGGCCACUCAGACCAGUGUGAAGGACUGGAGAAAAACUGGUUGAUAUGACAUGCGAUCAGGUCGGUUAAAGAGUUCGUGUGAGUUUGUUUUACUGGCUUGCAGCUUAUGCUCAGCACAGACUGACUUCUCUUUAGUAAAGUUCAGCAUGCUUGACAGCUCAUGAAACCUACUUCAUUUCCACAUCUUAAAAAGCAGUGCAUUCUAGAAACAAUUGAAAUAAAAAUAAAAACUUCUUGUUUUCCAAUGUAUACCAAAUGAUCACUUUUUGUAUGUAUGAAAUUAAUGACCAGUUAUUGAAAGGGUGACAUCUUUCUUAAUGAAGCCCUGGUUAGGAACCUGCAUGGCUCAGCAACUGGACUAACCAUAUUUAAAAAGACAAAUGAGAAAACUAAAUAGAAAAUAAAAAUUUUAUUUUUUUCAAGUUUAUAAGAUAGUUCCCAUUACAUAUAACAUUAUGAUCAAGGACUCUAUAGCCACAAAUGCCCACAGUCACAUAAAUAUAUCCAACCCAACUGAUGCCUUUUCCUGCUGAAGAGGCAUCUGAAGUCCAGAGGGAGAGUGGUGAUCCAAGUAGAAAUGGUCCUUAAUGGGAUGGCUCCGCUCAGUGUGCUAGGAGGCAGCCAGGAAGCCUUGCUUGCUAGAGCUGACUUAGGGUAGAGGGAGGACAGGUGGCCUGUGAACAGAGCUGGGACACAUGCAGAUUUUUGCCUCUGGUGGAUAAGAUAUUUGACCUCAGAAUUCCAACUUGGUAUGUACAAUAAGUCUGUCUGGAUAGUUUUAGCUUCUUGAAGAUGAAGAUCAGGUUAGCAGCAAGGAACAUAAACGUACUCAAGAAGGGCCUCUGCUACACCCUGGAGAGGAGUGAAGGAAGGCCCAAGCUUGCCACCUGGGGGCUAGCCUAUACUCCAGGAGGUCAGUCCCCCCAUGCUUUGCCUGGUGCUCUUGUCAACUGUGACUCCCAAAGUAGUGUCUGGAAGUGCCACACGAUUGCAAUAUGUCAAUCAGAUUCUAGUUGGAGCUGCGAAGGUUGAAUUGGUGUGAAUCGCAAACAAGCUGUGCCAAGUCUCUUGGGAUGCUAGAUCUGACACCCAACUUGUACAGAAGACAGAACACCCCCAAAUUAAAAGCCCAAAUAGGCACCUAAAUUCUGGAGCAGGGAUCCACUCUCCCGGACAUCACCAGCUGUCCCAGGGGCACUGGACAGGGUGAUGCUAAGGCACAGUCAGUUUUACAUUCGAAAGUCACCUCAUAUCCCAGGACAUUGCUGCACCUCCACAGACACUCUUAGAAUUAGCCCACACCAUGAGAUGUCCAGACUAACCCUUCAGAACACUGAAUCCAGCAGGGAAGGAUGCACCAGCGAUUACUCAGGGUGCUCUGUCCAGUAAAGACGGCCUCUUUUUAAUGAAACGACCCAGUUGCAGCUCCAAGUUCCAACAGCUUUUGAGUUUUAAAAGAAAUUUUAUUUUCUGAGUGUUUUCUUGCAUGUAUGUAAGUGCUUGGUGCCAGAAGAGGGCAUUAGAUCCUCUGGAACUACAGUUAUAGAUGUUGUGAGCAGUCCUGUGGGCGCUCACACCCUGACCUCUAUACCAGCCGCCACUGUUAUUAAAUAGCAAGCCGUCUUUCUAGUACCAACAGUUCCUAAUGCUGCCAGCUCAUUUUCCUACCCAAGCCUUUUUGGGAGGGAGGGAAAGUCAAUGCCAAGGGCAGCAGCUCCUGGAUGCUCCUUUUGGUGGAGACACAAAUACACCCCUGCUUCCUGUCUGCCCUGACAGGGUAGUUGCUGCCAGAGCAGAGGCUCCUCAGCUCAUUAUCUCCUUGCUUCUCUUGGCCAAGUCCAAAUUCUUUUUGUAAAGAGAGCUAAAUUGGGCAGGCAGGGCAAGAUGAAAAGAGAUUCCACGAUACAUUCUAAGAAUGAAGAGUUUCCCCUUAAGUGUUCAUGGUAUGACCUGUGUGCAGAAGGCUGUGUGUCACCACCUGACAGUCUUAAAAGCCUGAAGUCAGCAGGUGGCCUUUGUCCAGGACAAGAAACUACACUGGCAACGAGGGACGGGUUGAGGCUUCAAAGUAAAACGUAUCCUCGAGUUUUCUAUGAUGAACCAAGAAAAAAGGCCGGGCAGUGUUGGGAUGGUGGUGCUCAAUGUAGCCUAGGAAAGUUAGGCUUCGAUGCCACCUCUUUGUUCCCACCCCCAUCUGAAAACAAAGCCAAAUGAGUGACUAAAAUGGAACACCAACCUCACUUCCUGUCUGAGUCCCUUCCUCAACUGCUGCUCUCAGAAGUACCGUCCAACAGUUCUGAAGGUGGUGUGCCAGCCUUUCUGCUGCUGUUCGGUAGCCUGGCAUUAAGAGGGACCUUGGCCCUGUGCUGCAGCAUUUCUGGGGAUAGUGACUGUAGCAGUGGUUGGUCAAGGACCCCUGAGGAACAGAGUAACACAUUUCCUCAACUCUAGGGAAGGUUCCCCCAAUCAAGCAGGUACCCAUAUUGGUCCUCAGGGGACAGUGCCUUCAAACAAAACAAAACCACAAUAACAA